CAGAUGCUGCGAGACAUGGCCUACAGCUUGUGAACCCAUUUCAUCAGGGCCACAUGCGUAUCCAGCGCUAGCCAUCCCACGUCAUGCUGCAGCGCAGCCAAGAUCAUGUCCGCGCUCUCCUUCCACACCAUGAGGUAUAAACAGGAAGACCCAGGACACCCUGACAACGACUGAUUCAUUCUCUCAAAAAGAGUGCCGUUUGUUGAUAUGGCAACAGGAUCACUGGGGCAAGGAUUAGAUGCUGUGUGUGGAAUGACUUAUACUGGCAAGUACUUGGACAAAGCCAGCUACCAGGUGUUCUGCUUUCUAGGGGAUGGCGAAUCCUCAGAAGGCUUUGGGGAGGUUUUGGACUGUGCUUCUCACUUGUACAAUUUAGACAAUCUGGUGGCAGUCUUAGACGUGAACCGCUUAGGACAAAGUGGAGUCACACUUCUUAGGCACCGCACAGACAUCUAUCAGAAUUGCUGUGAAGUCUUUGGGUGGAAUACUUACCUAGUGGAUGUCUAUGAUGUGGAGGGGUUAUGCCAAGAGUUUUGGCAAACGACUGAGAAAAACAAGCCCACUGCCAUAGUUGCAAAGACCUUCAAGGGCCAGGGUAUUCCAAAUAUUGAGGAUGCGGAAAAUUGGCAUGGAAAGCCAAUGCCAAAAGAAAGAGUAGAUGCAAUCAUCGAAUUAAUUGAGAGUCAGAUACAGACCAACAGGAAUCUCAUACCAAAACCUCCCAUUGAAGACUCACCUCAAAUCAGCAUCAGGAAUAGAAAAAUGACCUGUCUGCCUGGUUGUGUACUUGGCUACAAGUUAGACAGGAAAGCAUCUGGUUUGGCUUUGGCGAAACUAGGCCAUGCAAAUGAAAGAGUUAUUGUUCCGGGUAACACAAAAAACUCCACCUUUUCCAAGAUAUUCAAUAAAGAGCACCCUGAGCAUUCUAUUGAGUGUUUUAUUGCUGAACAAAACAUGAUGGGUGUGACAGUAGUCUAUGUCACAUGUGGUUGAACCAGCUUUGGUAGUACCUUUGCUGCCUUUUUGACCAGAGCAUUCGAUCAGAUAAGGAUGGGAGCCAUAUCUCAAACCAAAAUCAAUCUCAUUGGUUCCCCCGUGGGGUAUCCAUUGAUAAAGAUAGACCCCCCCCCCGCGAUGGCCCUGGAAGAUCUAGCCAUGUUCUGAAGUAUUCCCAACUGUACCAGUUUCUAUCCAAGUGAUGCCAUUUCCACAGAGCAUGCUCUUUAUCUGGCUGCCAAUACCAAAGGAAUGUGCUUCAUUCAGACCAGCCAACCAGAAACUUCAGUUAUUUAUACCCCACAAGAAAAUUUUGAGAUAGGACAGGCCAAGGUCAUCCACCAGAGUGUCAGUGACAAAGUCACAGUUAUUGGAGCUGGAGUUACUCUGCAUCAAGCCUUAGCAGCUGCUGACAGUCUUUCUCAACAAGGUAUUUCUAUCCAUGUCAUUGACCAAUUUACCAUUAAACCCUUGGAUGCUGCCAACAUCAUCUCCAAUGCCAAAUCUACAGGCGGCCGGAUUAUCACAGUGGAGGAUCACCAACAGGAAGGUGGCAUUGGAGAAGCUGUAUGUGGAGCUGCGUCUGGGGAGCCUGACACCCUUGUUCAUCAGCCGGCAGUGUCAAAAGUGCCUCAAAGUGGAAAACCUGGCGAAUUGCUGGAUAAGUUUGGUAUCAGUGCCAGACACAUCAUAGCAGCUGUGAAAAAUAUUUUAAUGAACUAG